CAACCCUUCACGUUGCCCAAUCCACGAGGGAUAUAAAAUAACUCUUGCCACUGGAAGGAAAGUACUUUCUCUGGAGCCACAUCUCGAACAGCAGAAAGCACAGCGUUUAAAGAUGUGCCUGAUUCUGCUGUCCGGUCUUCUUCUUUUUGGAACCUUUCUGGCAAACGGAAAUGAGACAGAUUCUGACGGACAAAUGAUGAAUUCGAUGAUUGAAACCCUAAUGUUUCUUCAAAAAGAGUAUGCCAACCUGAGAUAUGCCUUCAUGACAGUCCACAAUGCCCGAUCCUUUGGGAGUGGCAGUGAAAGAUUGUACGUGAGCAACAAGGAAAUCAAAACGUUUGAAGGUCUCGGAGACAUUUGUGAGGAAGCCGGGGGCCAUAUCCCUUCCCCUCAACUCGAAAAUCAGAACAAGGCCUUCACAAAUGUUCUGGAGAGGCACAACAAAGCAGCCUACCUUGUCGUGGGUGACUCAGCAAACUUCACCAACUGGGCUGAGGGACAACCGAAUAAGGCUGAGGGAAACUGUGUGAAAGCAGAUACACACGGAUCCUGGCACUCUGCGUCCUGUGAUGAAAACCUCUUAGUAGUGUGUGAGUUUUAUUUCAUUUUAUGAGAAGGAAGACCUGCAUGCUCUGCUGAAGAGAGGAGCUACCUAAGACAUAACAAGCCGAAAGCAACCCAACCAAAUCAGGAGACGUCAAAAUGUAGAGCACCUACACCUGAUCCCGCUUGCCUUUAGAAUAUUCCAGAAAGUUCAAUAAAAGCAUGAAGCA